AUGAAUUCCAGUGAAGGGAUUAAUUACACAGACGUAGAGAAUAUUGUCUACGAUCCUGUCGAUGUUGGGACAACCCCAUCCAUUAUUUUCCUCAUCAUUCUCCUGGUCAUUGGAACAGUAGCCAAUGGUCAUGUUUUUGGAAUUUUCCUUUUCCGUUACAAUAGGAAAUCAACAUAUGUCACAUUCGUACUAGCCCUAGCGUUGAUAGAUCUGCUCGUCUGUGUUAUAGACCUUCCGCUGGAGAUAUUGGAUCUGGGGUACCCGUAUGACUUUUACAGUGAGCCAGGAUGUAAACUUUUUAAAUUUAUCAGUGCAGCAUUGAUUCUAAGCUCGGUACUCACUUUGACUCUUUUGUCACGUGACCGAUUCAAGAGAAUUUGUCAUCCUUUGAGUCCCCAAUGGUCGAAUUCUACAUGCAGACGAUACAUAGCCGGAGGCAUAGUGUCAUCGGUCAUCCUCGCAGCCCCCGUAUUUUACGUCCAUGGAUUACAUGCCGUAAAGCUGCCAGAUGGAAGAGUUGUCCAGAAGUGUUUUUUUGAAGACGAUAUCGACGAAUCUUUAAACCCGCCGUUAAUACAUCUAUCUGUUUUGUAUAUUCUCUUUUUUGUGUGUGUUCUUGUAUUGAUCGUUAGUUAUGCAUAUAUAAUGAUAGUCAUUUACCAUCGCAGAAAAUCGUUUCAUCAAGCAGGUAAGAUGAAUGAGCGUUCAGUAUCAAAUCUUAACUCUAGCCAACAAUCCAAAAGUAAGACGCAGUCAAAAGGAACCACAUGUGCCUCUGAUAAUGAAAAGUUCGAAAACACUGAAAGUAAUUCAAAGGAGAAUUACUCACAAAAUGAGUGGACAAGACAAAAAUCAUAUGAGAUAUCAACCGUCCAAAAUGCAAUGGAAUUUUACAAAAUCAAAUCACUGCAGGUGGUUCCAAAAAUCCGAACUGACAAGAAAGCAGUAGCCAGUAGCAAUCGGUCGACAAUCAUCCUGUUUAUCAUUACCGCCAUCUUCAUUGUCGUCUAUCUACCGUAUCUUGUGCUUGGGGUGUUUUUGUGUGUGGUAGAAAACUUUAAGGCCAACAUGAGUGUAUUAGAAUUAAGUGUAUAUCGCCUUUCAAUGCGACUCAUGUUCCUCAAUAACGUGGUCAACUGCUUUGUGUAUGGCAUUUUCGAUUCCAGAUUUAACAGAGCUUGCAGAGAUAUGUACAAGAAAUUGUUUAAAUUUUCAUGA